AUGGGUUCUUUUUUGGCUUUGAAAUUCCUCUGGCUGCUGGUUCUGUUUGCACUAAUCUGUGCCUCGGAGCCCAGAAGGCUUGUUGGCACUGGGGGAGGGUUUGGAAGUGAAAAGACAGGCUAUUUCCAGUUCUUUCCUGGUUAUGGCGGUGGUCUCGGCGGUGGUGGAGGGUUUGGUGGUGGUGGCGGCGGUGGAUUAGGUGGUGGUUCGGGCUUUGGCAGUGGAGGUGGAGCGGGAUUUGGGUCUGGAAUUGGGGGGCUCGGCGGUGGUGGAGGUGGAGGGUUCGGCGGUGGUGGUGGCAGUGGCAGUGGCGUUUUAGGUGGCGGCGCUGGAGGAGGAGCUGGUGGUGGAUUUGGAGGUGGACUGCCUUGA